GCGGACAAACAAACUCACUCCGCAAACCAAACACCACCCCACAAUGCCUCACCCUCCAACCAUCACCCCAGGCCGCCUCCUCCUCACCCUCAUCAGCCUAUUCUGCAUCAUCGGCCCCCUCAAAGCAGACUUCAACCACACCCACAUCCACAACCCCGCCUGGCCCCCUCACGCCAAGUUCCACAACGGCCAAACCAUGUCGCUCGGCGUGCUCCUCGGCGCUCUCACGCUCUACUACACCUGGCGCACCCCCUAUCUCACCCCGACGUUCUCUGUCGCUACUACCGUCUCCGCUGCCGUCGCUACGCGCAAGGACUCAAUCACUACGGCUGCGCUGCUGGGCUCGCUGUAUUGGGUUGCGGGAGUGAGCGCGAUCUGGUAUCCGGGCACGGCGUGGGUGGAUCCAGAGUUUAGGGGGCAGUGGGGCGGGAGGGAGGAUCCGCAGAAGAGGGUGUUUACGGGGUUGGCGGUGGGAUGUGUGGUUGCGUGGGGGCUGGAACGGUGGAGUCUGGCGGCUUGGGAGGGGAGGGUGAAGAGGGAGUAAGAUGGGGAAGACAGAAGGGGGCUUUGGCUGUGGCUCUGACGGAUGAGGUUUGAUAGUAGUGUUUUUUAGAGUUCUGGGUGACGCUUCGGGUGCUUCCCAUGGGCAAAGUGAGGCAGAGGGUCACGGUCUGCGCACGUCUACGUGAUGCGUGGGGACGAGAGGUUGAAAAUUAUACUUAUUUUAUAACUUUUGAUCCCACAACUCAGGUUUUGUAGCUCAGAAAGCAAACAUAGCCCAGUGGAAAACUAGAU